AUGGAUGUCCACGAGUGGCAGCUGCCGCUGUCGACAGUCCGACUACGACAGCACGACGAUCCUUCCGUCCUUUGUCGAACGCAAGCCACGCAGUUGCCGAGCAAGAGAGACAAAAAAGGGGCUGGGGGGCUCUUCAAUCGCCACGCGACUCUCUGUGCAGCACCAGCAGCAGCUGUCCUUUCUCUCCCGACUGGCGGUCAGCUGAAACAGCAUGCGACAUGUCGCGCCUCGAUCCGCUCUGUAUCCAUCAACGUGACGUCACCCUAUUGGGUCGAUCUGUGCUCGUCUCGAAACGACUGCACCAUUUCAGCUUGCUCGCUCUUGUUCCAAAUUGCGCGCACGCCCGUCGUUUCUCCUCUUGCUAGUCACGCCCAUGGAGCGCGCAAGUCGCGGCGUCGGCGAUGCCAGCAGCACCAGCAGCAGCAGCAGCAGCAACAACGAAGACGCGUCCGACCUGACCGCGUACCACCGUCUGCCGUCGCCGUCCGCCCCGCCGCUGUCACCGCGCGCGUCGAGCCGUUGCCCCCAGUGCGCGCACCCGUUCCCGCCAGUGCGGACAGCAAUCCUUCGAAAUUCUUCCACCGCAAUCAGACGGUCGACGUCUUGCCGCGCGACCCGUCGUGGGCUGUACCAAAAGAGCGGCACAACCACGACCUCUUCCGCACGUUCACGUCGCAGCAGCCGCUCGCGGGGCGGCCGCGGCUGCUCCACGACAACGACAUCGUUGAGGCGCACGGGCGUCCCCAGGGCCUUGGCUCCAGUGCGAAUGCUGCUGCUGCACCCGCGAGCUGGCGGUUGUUUUACCGCAACUUGCCGCGGUCGCUGCGGUUCCGCCAGAACACACGGUCGACCACGCGGUACAUUGAUCCAGCGAACGCGGCGUCGCUGCGGUCGCGCGUGCGGGCGCGCAGACACGAGGAGCACGUGCGCAACGCGUGGCACACGUCAGGUCGGGACAGUUUCGACGACGAGGACGCGGCACCUGCGAGUGCGCGUGAGAUGACGGACUUUGAGCGCGAGAUGCUGCUGAUGAGCGCGCGGGCGGGAGACGUGGAGACGGAGCCGACGGACGGGACGACGGGAUCGAGACGCGGGGGAGUGACAAAAGCCAAUGGCGGCGGUAGUCGAAAGCACGUGCUGGAUCGAAUGAGCAGUUUAAUGUCCACGGACUCGCAGCAGACGGUGACGGCUGGACGUGACGGCGGGAAGCAGUUUAAGAUCGUUAAGAUCAACGAUGGCAACAACGUACCCAAGCGCGUGCCCCGGGUGUCUACAAGACACGACGGGGACGACAGCGGUGGAGAUGGCAAUGCGACGACCGCAGCAGGAGACGAGGAGGUGGAGGAGGAGGAGUUUUUUGUGUCGAAUGAAGUCAAGACGUCGCAGUACACGUGGUGGAGCUUCGUGCCCGUGUUUCUGUACUUGACGUUUCAAAAGACGGCAAAUCUUUAUUUCCUGCUUAUUGGGAUUUUCCAGAUGAUCCCGUCCGUGUCGCCAACUGAUGGCGUCCCACUGCAGUUUAUCCCCUUGGCUAUUGUGACCGUCAUUGACGGUAUCUUUGCUGGGUAUGAAGAUUAUAAGCGACACGUGGCCGACGACUUGGCCAAUUCGGCCAAGACGCGGGUGUACAAUCGUCAACUGCGCGAGUUUGAAGAGGUUGAGUGGCGUGAGCUAAAAGUGGGCGACUUUGUCAAGGUCGGGAAUCGGGAGAUCUUACCAGCUGAUAUUAUGAUCAUGGCUGUGAUUCCCGCGGAAGGAGCGCGUUCGAAUGGCAAUACAGGUCUGUGUUACGUUGAAACGAAGAAUCUGGACGGCGAGACGAAUCUCAAACUACGGGAAGCUCCAGCACCGACACGGAAUAGUUUCCAGAGCGAAGAAGAAGCUGGAUACAUUGUCCAAGGCUAUGUGGAGAGCGAACUUCCAAACGCUGAUAUAAACACGUACUCGGGCACAAUACAUCUCGAAGAGAGUCCGACUGGGGCCAACUCUGGAGGGGUUCCUCUCACGUUGAAAAACAUGCUGCUUCGUGGCAGCAAACUGCGCAACACUAGCUACGUCUAUGGUCUUGUGGUGAAUACUGGCAUCGAUACUAAAAUCAUGAUGAGCUCUGGUGACGAGUUUUCGGUGAAAGUUUCGUCAAUCGACGAGAUGACCAAUAAGCAAGUGAUUGUCGUAGUCGUGAUUUUGGUGCUGAUGUCGCUCGUUGGUGCUGCUGGGGACCGAAUCUGGAUGAAUGGCUUGAUUACACCACCUUAUUUGGAGCAGGAUGGCUGGGAUGACAACUUUGUCGUCACGUUUGUAUACUUCUUCACGACACUCGCCUCUAUGGUGCCAAUUACGUUGUAUGUUUCCAUCACACUCGUCAAGGCUUUGCAAGGCUACUUCAUGGAACGCGAUCUUGACAUGUAUGACGAAGCGAGCGGUACUCCUGUCAAAGUUCGCAACAUGCAGCUCAACGAGCAGCUUGGUCAGAUUUCGCACAUCUUUUCCGACAAGACAGGCACGCUUACAUGUAACAAAAUGGAAUUUCGUAAGUGUAGCAUAGGAGGUCGGAGCUACGGCAAGGGAACGACAGCCAUCGGUGUCGCUGCUCGCAUGCGAAACGAUUACAAAGGAGAGCAACUUCAGGACGAAGAUCCUGCCGAUGAGAAGGACGUCUUACCUUUUGACGCACGCGCGGCAGCUCCAACGCUGAAUGUGAAGUUUAAUGACAAGACGAUAUGGCAGGAUAUGCAGGCCAAAGGUGACCCUCAAAGCGGGAAGAUUGAAGAGUUUAUGACCCUUUUAGCACUAUGCCAUGGUGUUUUGAUUGAGCGCCUUGAUCCUUGUGAAGAGGAUGUAAGUCCUUCGAUUGGCUACUCAGCUUCCUCUCCGGACGAACUCGCUCUUGUUUGCGGCGCAAAGCACUUUGGCUACGAGUUCAUCGACCGCGAAUCGGGAAGUGUGUCUGUUAAGAAAUUUGAUGGCACUGUCGAUCAGUACGAUAUACUGGAAGUUUUUGAGUUUGACUCGAACCGAAAACGAAUGUCGGUUGUUGUGCAGCGUCGAAAACGUGACGACGAGCUCCGUCUGAUAUCGGACUGCGAAGAGGAAGACGUGCUGAUUCUUACCAAAGGAGCCGAUAGUAUGUUGUUUCCUCGCCUGGAUCCGAUGUCCGUGAACAAUCGAGAUGUAUGUGCUGCCACAGAGAAGCAUCUGGCAGCUUUCGCGCAAGAUGGACUUCGAACGCUAGUUGUGUGUGCGAAACGUAUAAAGCCUCAAGUGUGGGAACAGUUCUAUGCAAAGUAUCGUCACUUGUCAGCUGAUCUGAAUGAAGUUCAGGCGAAGUCGCUUGGCGAGCCGAACGGUAUUGAUAAACUUCAGGAUCAAAUGGAGUCGAACCUGGAGUUACUCGGUGCUACUGCUAUUGAGGAUCGUUUGCAGGAUGAUGUACCUGCAACGAUGGAAUCCUUAGCCAAAGCUGGAAUUUGUAUUUGGGUGCUUACGGGGGACAUGGAGGAGACGGCUAUCAACAUUGGUUAUGCUUGCCGACUGCUUAAUAACGAUAUGAAGCGUCACGUAAUUAAUGCGGCAAAGUAUCGGACGAAGGGCUCGAUUUUACGGAAACUCGACAAGGUUUUCCACUCGAUCAAUGACAUGAAUGAUAAUGAGUCGCAUGCGCCGACCGUGGGUGCCUUUUCGGCCUUAUCACUGCCACCCGCCAAUGAAGAGCAUGCGUUAGUUAUUGACGGGGCGUCAUUGAACAAGAUAUUGGAAGACCCGUUAUACAACUUGCAUUUGCUGCGUGUGUCGCUAUUGUGCAGGGUUGUGGUCGCUUGUCGAGUCUCACCUCAGCAAAAAGCGCAGCUGGUCGAGUUGGUGAAGCUCAAUGUUCCGGAAUCGCACACGCUUUCGAUUGGUGACGGCGCUAAUGACGUUCCAAUGAUUCAGAGUGCUCACAUUGGUAUUGGCAUCAGCGGGCAAGAAGGUUUACAAGCUGUGAAUAGCUCUGACUAUUCGCUCGCUCAAUUUAAGUUUUUGAGCAACUUGAUCCUGGUACAUGGCCGGUGGAAUUACAAUCGCAUUGCAGCUCUCGUCGUGUACACCUUUUACAAGAAUAUUGCGUACAACGUGUCCAUGUUUUGGCACACGUUAUGGCCAACUGCGUACUCGGGCACAAUGCUUUAUUCAGCCUUAAUCCAGCAAGGCUUCAACCUCGUGUUCACGGCCCUUCCAAUUGUCAUAUUUUCGGUAUACGACAAGGAUUUGCCGAAGAAAACUGUUUUGAAGUUCCCGGCACUCUAUCAUGCCGAGGCGCGUCGAAGGAGUUUUUUUUCGCACAUCAUGUUCUGGAAGUGGAUUGCACUGGGCAUUGUCGAUUCCGUGGGAAUAUACUACGCAAUUUUAGCUGCCGGCUGGAACAUUGAACGUGGAGGCAACACGAUCGAGUUUCUGUCGCUGCAGACCCUCGGCUGGACCAUCUUGUGUAUUGUCGUGAACGCGCGUUUCUGCUUGAUUGUUAACUCGUGGGACAUCCUCGAGAUCGGAAGCAUGGUUCUUACGGUCUUGACAAUUUAUGUGUCCCAAUACGCCAUCGACCAGAUUGACUGGAUUUACGACACGGAUUCGUUGCCAUGGCAAUUCGGUCGCCCUCAGUUCUGGCUUGGUCAAGCGUUUGCCGUGGUGGCAAUUUUGCUGAAAGAUUUCUUCUACGAAGGCUUCCGUCGUCGAUUCUUUCCCGAGUACAUGGAUCUAGUAAAAGAGACACAACACGAUACGUCCUCGAUUUCUUGCGAAGAACUGGCGGAAUUUAAGCCUCCUCUAGUCAAUUACCUAAACCCAGAGCUGGCAGGAAUGAUCGACUACCAGGACCGUCGCGUACAUGAGAGUACAUCGAUUGGGCUCACAGCGCCGCGUCGCUCAGAGCUGUACACAGGAUUUGCUUUUGAUAAACCGGCCAACAUUUUCAAUUGGAUCUUGUCCGGAACAACUAACAACGGUGGCCAGCUCUGUCGGAAGAAGAUCAACGCUGACGUACGCAACGCAAUUUUGAAUUCGGACGACCCAGUGUUGUUCGAGAAUCAGCGCUACCAGCCGUUCUGCGGGUACGGUAGCUCUUUCCCAGGUUACUUGUUGCCUACGGAUCGCAAGCGCUGGAGUGAUCGUUCGGGCAAGAUAAGUGCCCAAGCUCUUCCUAUGGCCGGUCUGGAGCUAAAUAUGGACGUAGCUGGAUGCGAUGCUGAUGGAUGGGUGUACGAGAAAGACUUUGCUUUCUUUCCGUCGAUCCCACCGAACGAAGACGGCGAAGAGGAGAAUGAGGACGAAGCUGUGAGUGAUGUCAGUAGGCGGAGCAGCACCGCUUCGUUCCUAACGUCUCGUGUGAAGAGCAAGAAGAAGAAAGCUAAGAAGGCGCGUCCGCAUCACGGGUUUGUGCGUCGGCGCGAAUGGAAGCUAUCGGACGAGUACAAGGCGCAGGAGGAGUCACAACGAGCACUUGACAGUAGUUCGGUGGUGGAAAGUGACGACAAUCUAGGGCAGUGCUAG